AGCCGGUACAACCAGAGCAGGGGUCUUCACACAAAGUUACGAGUUUACGGCUGUGACCUCCUGUCCAACGGGAGCAUCCAUGGAUCCUUCCAGGAUGGCUACGAUGGGCGGGAUUACAUCUCCUUUGACCUGAGAUCCAGGAGAUUUGUGGCGGCCGACAGCGCUGCUGAGAUCACCAGGAGGCGCUGGGAGCAUGAGAACGUGGCAGAGGUGUGGAUCAAUUACCUGGAAGACGAAUGCCAGGAAUGGCUCAAGAAAUACAUCGGAUAUGGGCAGAAGGAGCUGGACCGCAAAGGUGGGAGCAGAAUUCCUGUGGGAAUGUGGGAUUUGGGAAUGGAGGAUUUGGGAACAUGGGAAUUCUAGUGGGAAUUCCAUGGGCAGAUCUCACCCCCAUCCCAUUCCAGUUGGAAUUCCUGAGGCAGAUCUCACCCCCAUGCCAUUCCAGUGGGAAUUCCACGGACAGAUCUCACCCCCAUCCCA